AGCACACAUCAAAAUCGAAAUAUUUCUUUCCAUCGCUCCGAAUUUCUCUUAUCUCCACUCCAUUCUCACCCAAACCUCCAACCAGAGCAGCAAUUGAGAAGUCGAUAGAUCUCAGUUGCGACAAUAUCUCCAGAAGACCAUAAGAUCUGCUAGCACGCUCUUCCAUUGCUUCACAGGGAUUAUGGCACAAGCAGGGGAUCAAAGUUUUGGUGCUCACGACCCCACUAUAGCUACACAUGAGCGUCGGCUUGAUGGGAAAAGUUUGAAUGCAAAUGAAUUUUAUGCCGAUGAGUCUGGGAGGACUUCUGAUGAAGAGGAUGUUAGUAUUGACAGAGUUGAGAAGGUUUAUAGGUAUUGAUGAACUCCGAUCUUGACAAUCGUGGUGAUUUUUUGGAUAUAUAAUAUAUACUUACAUCAAAUCAUAGGAAAAUCGAUCGCCGCAUUAUUCCAGGUAAUUCCUAUUUUUUUAUAUCAUAAUAUAAGAAUCAAAUUAACACGUACCUAGCAUUUUGGGUCUUAUACUUCCUCUGUUCCGCCAUUCGAUCCAAUGUCGGUCUCGCUCAAACUAUGAAUGCGUCAUCUGGUCAUGAUCUUUCCCAAGUUUUACACUUGACGGCUAAGCAAACUUCCACGGCUUUGGCUUUAUUUUAUGUUGCCUAUGUAGUUUUUGAUUUACCUUCGAACUUGGUCAUGACGAAACUGAGUCCUAGAGUUUGGAUGAGUAGAAUUGUGCUCGCUGUAGGUAUUAUCGGGGCUUGUUUUGCAGCAGUUAAGGCGGCUUGGAGUUUAAUGUGAGUUGUAAUGAUUACUCCAAUUAUUAUUUUAGUUUUACACUAAUGAUAUAAAGGCUCCUUCGUUUUCUCCUCGGUGUAGUAACUGCCGGAAUGUGGCCCGGAAUGGCUUACUAUCUUACUCUGUUCUAUCCGCCCUCAAGAACUGGCAAACGUAUCGGCAUGUAUUUCACAGCAUCUCAGCUUUCCGCUGCUGUUGUAGGUCUUGUCUCUGCUGGAUUCCAGAAAAUGGAUGGAACUCAGGGACUCGUUGGAUUUCAAUGGAUGUUCUUGUUGUAUGGACUUUGUGCUAUUGUGCUUGGUAUUGGACUUCUUUGGUGGUUACCAGAUCGUCCUCUUCCUCCUGGAACAGAGCGAGCUCCUACAGGCCUUGCGAAAUGGCUUCCUGCUACUCCGCCAGUGUUGACGGGUGAAGAUGCUGAGAUUCACUAUCAGGAUCUGAGAAGAGUUUAUCAUCCAAGAUCAUGGGGUUGGAAAGAUCUUGCAUAUGUCUUGAUCGAUUGGCGUCUUUGGCCUCUUACUUUGAUGUAUUUCGGUGUCGUUGGUGUUGGUAUUGGUACACAACUCUACGCUACUGUCAUUAUAUCAGGUAUCGAUUCCUCGUUCUCGGGUAUCACACUCAGCUUGCUCACUGCACCAAUCUGGAUUGUAAGUACCUUAAAGCUAUGAUAUGAGAUGACAGGCUAACAAAUUACAGAUGGACUUGAUCGCCAUUCUCAUGGUAACUCCAAUAUCCGACCGCUUCCAUAAGUACCGAGCUUUCUUCUUCUCCGCCGCAGUACUCAUUCAAAUCGCCGGUCUCCUCACCACCACCUUUGCUCCCGUCUCUCACCCAUGGGCACGCUACGGUGGUCUCCUUAUGGUCGGAUAUGGACUUGGCCCAACCGUCCCCAUCUGCAUGACAUGGACCAACGAAAUAUUCCAACACCGUCACGGAGAGGUCGGCGUAGCCGCCGCAUCAGCCCUAGUAUCCGGUCUCGGUAAUCUAGGGAGUAUCACAACCACCUACGCACUGUAUACCGGAUGGCCCGAAGACGCCAAAGCAGGACCUCAUCGCUACCGCAAGAGUAAUCUCGUUAUGAUUGGUAUCCUCUGCUUGAGUAUCCUAAGCAGCAUGAUCAUGACUGUUCUUCUCAAAAUCUUUGGUAAUCCACGCAGUACCAAGAUUCAAAGUAGCGACAGCUCGGCUAGCGGGGAAUUCCAAGAUGGUGCUGCGAAGCGUGAGCAGCGACAACGUGGAUUCGCUAAGAUGUGGUGGAGAAAGUAGUUUUCGCCUUUGUUCUACUAUAUGGUGACGCUGUCAUUGAAAAAAUAGUUUAGGAUGUUCAACAGCUCAGAUCAUCCUAGACUAUUCUCCUUCACGUUGGUAGCCCGACCUUCGACUCACACGCCAUACACACAUCUAUUCGACCUCACUUCACUCCCACAAUUUCACGUCUUCACCACACCUCUCAUUCUACUCCCGCUCCCGCCGCCCAAGCGUCGGUACCCUCAUCCCAUCAUCCUUUCUUCCCUCCAUCUUGUCAUCCACAUCCAUUCAUUUCACUUCACUUCGAUUUUCAUUUCACUUACAAUUUCAAUUUUCAAUUUUCACAUCCAAUUUUCAGCAAACGAACAAACGAACGAAACAAUAGAUACCCCAUUUUCAGCAUCUUUUACGCAUCAUGCAUCCAUCACAUCACAUAACAACACAUUGCAACAACCACAAGUCUUUUCUGUCAAAGGAAGAGAAAACAAAAAAAAACAAUGGAAGUGCCGCUGCGCCACCAUUGGGAUGCAUAGGCGUAUCAGGAGCUAAAAGAGAGUCACAAUACCACGAAAAUGUUUUGCGCUAUCGUGGGUUGUUUUCUCAGGGGGGAAUUUUUGAGUUUUAUUUUUUAUUUUUAUUUUCAGGGGGGUUUUUCGGUUCUUGGUGGAAGGGAAGAGAACGUAGUAGAUACACAUUUACAGAUACCUAAUCGGAUCUGUAGAACUAACCACCUUAUGUAUAGCUAGCUAUAAAGAAAUCUAGAAAGGUAUAUAUAUAUAUAUAUAUGUAUUUACAUAUAUAUAGAGUAUUUACAUUUCCAUUUACAUGCACACAAGA